AUGAGUUCAAAUGGUAGCCGUGCACAGCUCAAAGCAUUCUACGAAUGUUCAUUUGAAGAUAAUUGUCAUCUGCCAUUAGAUAGUUUUCUUCAACUACGAACUACCCUGAUAUUUGCUAAUUACAAUCACACAAACCUAAUUCAACGACUUGAUCAAUUUUACGGCAAAUCAAAAACAGAAGUAUAUACGUAUUUUCAUGCUGAUACACUGACAUCUACAUUGAAUGCAUACUGUGGUGAUAUGAAUCAAUUUGAUAAAGAAAUAAAAGCAACGGUUUACACGUGCAAUGGUCCUCAAAAUAUAUAUUGUAAUAGUGAGAAGAAAAUGAAAGAAUUUUUAAGUGGAGUUACGUUAACUGAUUAUAUUCAAAAAUUCUUUGGAUGGCGAUGA